UCAUGCAUGCCGGCCCUAAUGCCAACAACAAGCACAACAUUCAUCACACGCGCACACACAACAUUUGAUCAUCACCUGCAUAUCAGAUUCAGUUAAUAUCCCUUUCAAGACUACUUUGCUCAUGGGGCGCCACAGCAGCAGCACCAAUAACAACGGCAGCAGCAAAGCCGAGGCCGCCACCGGUGCCGGCGAUCACCGGAAGGAGGAGAAGCACCAUAAACACAUGGAGCAGCUCGCCCAGCUCGGCGCCGUCGCCGCCGGCGCCUAUGCGCUGCACGAGAAGCACAAGGCGAAGAAAGACCCGGAGCACGCCCGGUCGCACCGGAUCAAGGAGGAGGUCGCCGCCGCGGUGGCCGCUGGCAGCGCCGGGUUCGCCGUCCACGAGCACCACAAGAAGAAAGACGCCAAGAAGCAUAGUCACCGCCACUGAGAGAUUGUAUACUCUCAGUCAUGUACAUAUAUGUACAGUAGUUAAUCCAUUCAUUCCAUUGUUGUUCUGAAGUUAUGGUAUUUCCCCGUCCAACAAAAAAUGUCUCAAGUUUGUUAAAAUUUGGAUGUAUCUAGACAUGAAUUAAUGUAUAAAUGCAUUCAAAUUUAGUUAAAAGCUAAAACAUCUUUCGUUAGACAGAGGGAGUACAUGUUGUGUUACUCAUAGUGGUUUUAUGUCUGUUCUCAUCGUGGUACUACUGUACCAUCGGCGGUUUCUUGUUCAAUUUGAGAUUGAUGUCAUGCGACCACAUUUUUUUUUGA